GCACGCCUCCUUCCCUUCGAUUUCCUACGAGAUUGCCCGUCUUUGUUCCCAGCUGUCAGGUCGUGUUCCCCUGCAGGGCUAUCUGCACCGGGUGUAGUACGAAGGCCCUCCGCUGAUGCGGACACGUCGGACAACACUAUUAUGCUUGCUUUGUGCGCUGCCCCUUUCGAGCGUCGUAAUAAUCUCCGGCUCGAUAAUUAUAGCAGGAGGGGGAGGAAACGGUCCGCCUGUGGACUACGCUUAUCAAUACCAGGGGUCUACGGGACUAAGACACCGUCCGGGAUGGGAGAUUGCGGUCUCUCUGCCGUACCUCCUUCCAUCCGGCACUGGCGAACGGCGAACUAUCGCGAGGCGAUCAUGUAUCGAGUAUCGAGGAGGUAUCGACUGCUGGAUGUCUCAAGUCGAACAUCGCCUAGCCGAAUCCACGUACUAUCGACGGAGUACUGCAAAGUGUAGAUAGACACCAACUAUCGAGUGCUCUACGCUGUUUGAACCCUACCGCUACAAACUCGAUACUCCGACUGUUCGGGUUAACGCCAG